AUGGACAGAGAAGCCGCCCUCUUUGCAAUUCCCAAAGACGUUCCCACUUAUAAGCCCAUCUGCCUUCCUGCUACUGACACUUUUUCCAUCAAGACCGCGACUGGCUGGCCUCCGCUGUACAUCCACCACCAGCGAACAGGCUCGAGGCUGUUCCAGACCAAGUGCAGCAGCUGCCUGAAGGCGAUCGCCCCCUCCGAGCUCAUCAUGCGGGUGCUGGAGAACGUCUACCACGUUCACUGCUUCUAUUGCUGCGAGUGUGAGCGGCGCCUGCAGCGGGGAGACGAGUUUGUGCUCAAAGAGGGACAGCUGCUGUGCCGCAGUGACUAUGAGAAGGAGAAGGAGAUGCUGAGCGCUAUCAGCCCGGCACCCACGGAGUCCGUGAAAAGCGAGGAUGAAGACGGCAGCCACUCGCACGGCAAAGGCAGCGAGGAGAGCAAAGACCACAAGCGCUCCAAGCGCCCGCGCACCAUCCUUACCACACAGCAGCGUCGGGCAUUCAAGGCCUCGUUCGAGGUUUCCUCAAAACCUUGCAGAAAGGUAAGAGAGACCCUGGCAGCCGAGACGGGCUUGACUGUGCGGGUGGUACAGGUCUGGUUCCAGAACCAAAGAGCCAAGAUGAAGAAGAUUGCUCGCAGGCAACAACAGCAGCAGCAGCAACAGCAGGAGCAAGAUCAGCUGGGCAACCCUCGCUUAGGGACCGGGAGAGGGACCGGUCGCAACAGCAGGCAGAGCAAUGACGAUAGCGAAGACGGCGCAAGCGUUCACGGCCUGGAUGGGCUCAUGGUCCCCUACCCCAGGAUCCCCCAGCAGCAGCUGCUGCCCCUGGAUCAGAACGGCUACAGCACAGACUUGUACAGACAAGGGCUGACGCCACCCCAGCUGCCCGGAGACCAUCUGCACCCCUACGACUCAGAAGGAGUUUUUCACGAUAUGGACAGUGACAGCAUCAGCCACCUGGGAGACUGCCUGCUGUCAACGGCCGAAGCCAACCUCCUCCAAGCCCGCGUGGGCAACCCCAUUGACCGACUCUACUCCAUGCAGAGCUCCUACUUCACAUCCUGA